AUGUUAGUGAUAAUCAGCACCGUUUUAUACCUGGUCGAUCAUGCACAAUUAACGCAGUUAGUACAGGUCUUGGAGUGCAUUGGCCAACAACUCGACAACGGAAAACAGACAGACAUAAUUUACUUGGACAUGAGGAAAGCAUUUGACAGAGUUCGACAUGGUGUACUUUUGGACAAACUACAAAAUAUUAAUAUUAGGGGAAACCUCCAUUCUUGGUUCUCUUCUUAUCUAUCCGGACGGAAACAACGUGUUACUGUUCCUGGCGGUACUUCAUCUUCCCUCGCAGUUACUUCAGGCGUACCUCAAG